AUGUAUACAGAUGAUGGAUGUUGGAUGCAAACUAAUGAAGAUGCAUUGAUUCACCUUCGUCCAUCUCCUCAUCAUGAAUUUCAUAACCUUUGGAUUACCGAAUCAACCUCAAAACCAUAUUCAUUUAAUAUUUCAUCAACUUAUUCGUCUAGUUCAUCACCAGUACCAGAUCCUUCAUUUCUUACUGAUAACACGACAAAUACUUCUGUUAUAUUAGAUAGUCAGUAUAAUCCAUAUUUCAGUAAUACUGGAAAUUUACAUGUACCAUAUAGGUACAUGUGGGAUAAAGAAGAUGAUUAUUACCUGUAUACAUCCAAGUCUUGUUAUUGUGAAUUACAAAAAAAUGAACACAUUUCACAUAGUGAAAUCGAUUCUUUGAAUCAUUAUCAAACUAGAGAAGUUAAUGGAUGUCUCCCUCAUAAAGUAUGUGGUUGUACAGCAAAUUAUCCGUCAAUUUGUGAAAUUCACUCUACAGAUAUAAAUACAGAGAAGUCGAGAAAGAUUACAACAGAUUAUUCAAUUCAGUCAACAAAAAUUUGUGAUUUUCCAGAAUAUUUAGUACCGGAAAAAAGUAACCAAAACUCGAAUGCAUUUAUUGAAGAUACCAAGAAUUCAAGUUGGUUUACUUUUUCUCCAUUUCUAUCAAUGAAUCCUAAAUUAGAUAAUACAUAUAAUGAAUCAUUUUCUAAAUGGUCAUUAAAUAAUUUUACAACAAUAUCAAACAAUGAAUUAUCAUCAUCAUCAUCAUUAUCAUUAUCAAAAACUUGUACAGAACAUUGUUUAACUAAUAAUGAACUUCAAUUAGAUACAAAUUCAUUUGAAUCUAACACAAAAUCAUCAUCUAAUUCUUUAUUAUCAUUUAAUGAUCUUAAUGAAAUUAAAAUAAAUGAGAAAAAAUUAUUGAAACCUUCUUUAGCUAAUCUACAUCGUCGAGGUUCUUUACAAUUGUGGCAAUUUUUAAUUGCUUUAUUAGAUGAUAAAGAAAGUCAACAUUUAAUAUGUUGGACAGGAAGAACAUUAGAAUUUAAAUUGAAUGAUCCUGAAGAGGUUGCUCGUUUAUGGGGUAUUCAGAAGAAUCGCCCUGCCAUGAAUUACGAUAAACUGAGUAGAUCUUUAAGGUACUACUACGAAAAAGGUAUAAUGCAGAAAGUGUCUGGUGAAAGAUAUGUUUAUCGAUUUGUUUAUGAACCAGAACUGUUAUUUUCUCUAGCAUUUCCUGGUGAAGAGCACUCAAACCAACAACUUAUUAGCUCUAUGACGACAACCAAAACUAAUACAGAUGAUAAAUUAUCUGAUCAAUUGAAACAACUUUCGGAUAAUUCUAUAAAUACACCAGAUAAACUUGGUACAUCCAAUAGUCACUUUUGUAUUGCUUCAAAUCAUUUCAAUAAUCGGCUGACUGGCAAUAAUACAGAAUAUAUACCUAUUAGUAAAGAAAAAUUUGGAGUUAAACGUAAGUAUAAUGAUAUAUUGAAAGGAGGAAAUGAAAAUAAUCAUUAUGAAAAAAACCAUGAAAUUCCCAUUUCUACUGUAGUUACAAAUGUUAAUGACAAUCAACAAGUUCAGUUACCUGAUAAGUAUGGAUGUGGUAGUGUAUUCUUAAAUGAUGAAGGGAUGUGUUCUAAACAGAAUGUAAACAAUAACAACAUUAUCACACCAAAUCAACACUAUAAUGAAAAUAGCAAAGAUUUCUUAAUGUAUGUAUAUGAAAGUCAAAAUAAUCUCACAGAUAAAUUAAGUGACAACAGUAAUUGGCCUAAAACAGACAGUUUAUUGCAAACAAAUUCCGUAUCUGCAAUCAAUGAAUCUUUAGCAUCUCAUAUUGACUGGUUCGAUAAUCUUACAAUACAAAAAGAACAAGAACAACAACUACCAAUGUUACAUUGUACAAAUUCUGAAAACAAUCACACAAUGAAUUAUUCAUCAAAUUUUUCAAAUUAUCAUCAAUAUGAUUUAGAACAUUAUUUAUUAUCAUCGCCUAAUAUAUACGAUGAAAUUGAUAUUUGGUCGGAUAAACAAGACUAUUAUUUAUCUGAAGUGUUAAAUGAAACAUAUAAUAAAGAACAAGAGAAAUUAUUAUCAUCAUCGUCAUCAUCAUCAUCACCAGCACUUUCAUCACAACCGCCAUUAUCUUCAUCAUCUUUUAUUUCAUCAUUGAAUGAUCGUAAUAGUAUACUGUCAACUCCACCAUCUGUAACAGUUAAUUUACAAAAUAUUUAUGAAAUUAAUUAUGGAUUAUUAACAACUAAUGAAAAAUUACCAUAUCAUCCAUUUUAAAUAUUGAUUUCAUUAUUCAAGAUUAAAUUCUCCGCUUUUUUUCCUCUUGCUCUCUCUGUUCCU